AAAGUGGGAGGAGCAGAAGCAGAGCCAAAGGGAGAAUUGUGUGAGAGCUCAGUCAUCCAAAAACGGCCUUUCAAUGGGACAAGUUUGGGGGAGCCGAAGAAAAUGUCGGUCCCACCGCAGUAAAUUACUAAACUAGCUCCGAGCUUUAAAGGGUGGAGAAAAACAGGCAAAGAAACACUCACAAUUCUUUACUUUGUUGGGUUUCGGAUUAAAUUCUACACCAAUUUUUGUUUUAUUUUUUGCGGAAAAAAUAAACCGAGAGGAAAAAAAACACUUCAUCUCCAGCUUUUUUGUGAGGUGGUCUAUGGAAGAUGCCGAGAAUGGAGGACAGAAUAGCAUGGCAUCUGAGGGUUCAGGUGCUCUGUGCUCUGUGUUCAGCUCUUCUGUGUUGUCUGCAAGUUUCUUCAGCUCUCAGUGACGACGACAUCCCAGUGUUUGUUGAGGAACCACAGUCUGAGGUGCAGAAACUGGGAGGCAGUGUGAGGCUGCGAUGUAGAGCUCAACCCGCUCAGGCCCGUAUCAGCUGGCGUCUGAACGGGCGUGAGCUGUUUGCCGACGGUGAAGAGGCUGAGCUGGGCGUGGUGAUGCAGCCGGGCGUGCUCUUUAUCCCCUCCCUUUCUAACGGCACGUUGGGGCGAUACCAGUGUGUGGCCAGGACCAGGGUCGGGGCACGAGCUAGCAUGCCUGCUAACGUCACUGCAGCUAAACUGAGAGACUUUGAGCCUGAUGACCAGCAGGAGAUCGAGGUGGAUGAAGGGAACACGGCGGUGAUCGAGUGUCACCUCCCUGAGAGCCAGCCCCAGGCGCAGGUCCGCUACAGCGUUAAGCAGGAGUGGCUCGAAACAUCUAAAGGGAAUUACCUCAUCAUGCCAUCGGGCAACCUGCAGAUCGCCAACGCCACCCAGGAGGACGAAGGGCCUUACAAAUGCGCUGCCUACAAUCCAAUCACUCAGGAGAUCAAAACCUCCUCCUCUACUGACCGCCUGCGCGUACGCCGUUCCACAUCUGAAGCAGCAAAGAUCAUCUACCCUCCGGCAUCCCGCACCAUGGCGGUGCGUAAAGGCCACGGGUUGGUUCUGGAGUGUGUAGCGAGUGGCACCCCGACCCCUCAGGUCACCUGGGCGAAAGACGGUCGAGAGCUCAGCCCUAAAAACAACACUCGCUUUCUGCUCAGCAACUUGCUGAUUGACGCCGUAAGUGACGGCGACUCGGGCACCUACGCCUGCCAUGCCCACAACGGCAUGGGCUCCCCUGGCACAGCAACCAUUCUCUACGAUGUCCAAGUGAUCGAGCCUCCUCAGGUGCGGGUGGACCUGCAGCAGCAGGAGCCAGCGUGGGGCGACACCGUGAGGUUCAGCUGUCAGGUUCGGGGAAAUCCGGCACCCACCGUGGUUUGGCUCCAUAACGCUCAACCAAUCUCACCAUCAUCACGUCACCGCCUCUCCUCACACAUGCUGCGUGUGCUCAGUGUGGGCCCGCAGGACGACGGAGUCUACCAGUGCAUGGCUGAGAACUGGGUGGGCGGAGCCCAGGCUGCCACGAGACUUCUCACUUUGCCUGCUGCACCCUCACGGCCGGGUCGACUGCCCCUCAUUCGCCCGCUGAGCCCAGACCAGGUGUUGCGAGAGCUGCCUCCUGCUCGGCCCGUGGCACCCAACACGGACCUUUUCAUCGACUGCUCAGAGAUCCCUGGAAACGUGUCACCGGCCGAGGCUCCAGUCAUCCUCAGCCAACCACGCACUGGCACAGCCGACUACUACGAGCUCAUCUGGGAGCCUCGGCAUGAUGGCGGGGCGCCCGUCCUGGAAUACGUUGUGAAGUACCGAAAGUCUGGUGACUCUCUCGGUGAGUGGACCAUAAAGAACAUAUCUGGUUUAGAGCACAAGCUGAUUCUGGCCAAACUGCAGCCGGCCAGCUUGUAUGAAGUCGAGAUGGCAGCGAGGAACUGUGCUGGACAGGGCCAGCCUGCUAUGAUGACCUUCAGAACUGGACGAAAGGUUUUAGGCGGACCAAUAGAGCGACCCAAAACACCAGUGUCACCGUCACGUCUGUCUCCCCCUGAAGCUCCAGACAGGCCGACAGUAACCACAGCAUCUGAGACUUCAGCUUACGUGACGUGGAUUCCCCGUGGGAACCGGGGCUUUCCCAUUCAGUGCUUUCGAGUGGAGUUUAAAAAAUUGAGGAAGGAUGGAGUAGCCGGUGGGGAGUGGGAGGUAGCGGAGGACAACAUCUCUCCAUCACGCCUCUCUGUACAGAUCAAAGGCCUAGAGAAAGGCACCUCAUAUAAAUUCCGGGUAUUGGCAGUGAACGUGUUGGGAGCGAGUCCUCCAAGUGCCCCAUCCAAAGCUUACACAGUGAUGGGAAGCAAUCAGACCAACCCCCGGCCUGUCGAUGGCCCGUACAUCACCUACUCUGAAGCAAUCAAUGAGACCACCAUCAUCCUCAAGUGGACUUACACACCGGUGAAUAACACCCCGAUAUAUGGCUUCUUCAUCUAUUACCGACCCACCGACAGUGAUAAUGACAGCGACUAUAAGAGAGAUGUUGUGGACGGAGAUCGAUACUGGCACGCCAUUACCAGCCUUCAGCCCGAAACCGCGUACGACAUUAAGAUGCAGUGUUUUAACGAGGGGGGUGUGAGCGAGUUUGGCAAUGUGGUCAUCCUAGAAACGAAAGCUCGACCCAAUCAGAAGCACACGACUCCAGAGACCUCGUCGCACCGGCCAGACUUGGGAGGCUCUAUGUCACGCCCCAGUGAUUUACCGUACCUCAUAGUGGGAGUGGUGGUGCUUGGAGCCCUUGUUUUCAUCAUUGUAGCCUUUAUUCCAUUUUGUCUGUGGAGAGCCUGGGCCAAGCAGAAGCAAACGACAGACAUGUGCUUUCCAGCUGUGGCUGCACCUCUGUCGUCCUGCCAGUACACCAUGGUGCCGAUGCAGGGCAUGGCUUUAGUAGGGCACUGCCCUGUAGACUCCCACCUGACCUCCGGCCAUUCUGUGUACGCACCCAAAGGAGAGUACAUGGUCAACGGGAAACAUCACACACACCACCUUCCUGGAGUACACCAGGAGGAUGCAGAUUGUGAAAUGGAAAAUGGCAAAUUUUUGCCUCAAAGACUUUCUAAUGGACAUGCCCAUGAUUAUCACUACUCCAUGGGUGUUCCUGGUCAUGUAGAAGACGAUGGCUGCUGUGAACCAGACGACUCUACCAUGGAGCUCCUGAGCCACGAUCACCCUGUACACGUGCAGGAGAACCCUGCUAGCUCAUGUUCAGAAUUGUCACUGUUAGCUGCAUCAGAGUCUGUUGGCAUGACGACAUCAGUUGAAGACGUGACAAAAAAGGACGUUUUCAAGAUCCAGUGUGAAAGCCAGCUAGAGGAGCGAGUACUACAUGACGGAUGAAAGAACAUAAGGGAUAUAAAACAAACAAAAACAGAAGAGAUUCAAUAUUUAUUUUUGUAUGAAAGAAACUAUAUUUAUAUAUUUAUGCUCGUGUAAAUAGUUUUGUUUUGUUGUAUAUAUGGAUUGUUUAUACGAGAGAAAAAAUGUAUUACUUUGUUUGCUUUGUCACCACCAGAAGUAAGGAAGUGUCUGGUUUUUACAUCGGAAAUGUCAUCACUGUCGUUCAUGCCUUGUGGUUUAAAAGAAUCAUUAAGCUGUAAAGAAUGUUUAAUGUGAAGAUCAUGAGCAUGAGGCUUGUUUAUGAAAGACUAUUUAAAACAGUAUUUAUCAGCGUACAUGAUCCUCAUUCGUUAUUUCCGAAAUAAAUCUGGUUUUCUGGCAAAAAAAACGCUCCCUACACAGGGCUUAGGAAACUCUGUGUUCCUGGUGGUGCUCAGCUGCUUUGUCCAGUGUUCAAAUGUUUUUGUAAAUAUAUCACUAAAAAUAUGUAUUUCAUCAUUAACAAAGUAUUAACAUAUGUAUGCAAUGUAUAAAUACCCUGCCUUACAUGUUUUUAUUUUCAAAGAAGUGAAUGGGAAACCUGGAACGAACACAACUACCUUCAAAUACUGAUUUUUAGAUUAAUGCAGCUUCAUGUAAGCUUUUACUGUCUGGAAAUCAGUUUCCACUCGACUGUACAAAGAGACAUUACUGUAUCAGUAUUAGCCUUCACAGUGCUGAACCAUGUCAAGAAAUGAAGGAAAAGUCAUAUUCGAAGUGUACUGGCUGUUGUAAUUACAUGACGUACAGCAAUACUGCAUGUAAAUAAAGCGGAAAAAUAUA